AUGAAGACAACGGAAAUUAUAAAUCCUUAUCGGAUGGAGGACUUUCUGCGGCCGCAGUGGUUCCAGAAGAUUGCGUGCAUGGUGCACUUUCAAUGGCAAAGGAACCCGGAGAACAACCGUCUGGUUAACGCCUCCAUGGGAGGCUUCAUCAUGUCGGCUUUCCUCAACGUCGUAUUCUUCGGCAGCAACUGCUGUGACAUCAUUGGGCAUUUGUGGCUGGGCUCAGCGUCGAAUCUGAAUCCUUCCGUGUUCAGCAUCACCAUUUACUUCUCCAUCCGCGGACUGAUGCUCUACCUGAAGCGGCGGGAAAUCGUGGAGUUUGUCAAUGAAUUGGAUCAGGAGUGCCCACGCGACUUGGUCACUCAGUUGGACAUGAAGAUGGAUCAAACAUACCGCAACUUUUGGCAGCGCUAUCGCUUCAUCUGGUUCUAUUCUCAUGUUUGUGGACCAAUGUUCUGCUUGAUGCCCGUGUGCUUCUUCCUGCUGAGCCACGAGGGUAAAGAUGUUCCGGUUUCCCAGUUCGAGCAACUCCUAGGCGGCUGGCUGCCUUGGGGUUUGCGAAGGGACCCAAGAUAUUAUUUUCUGGUCUGGUUCAUCGAUGUGGCCUGCACCAUUUGUGGUGUCUCCUUCUUCAUUACCUUCGAUAAUCUUUUUAAUGUGAUGCAGGGUCAACAGCUAAUGCAUCUCAACUACCUUGCUCGGCAGGUCGAAGAUCUCGAUCCCCGCCAGAGUGUGAGCAAUGAGGCGGCUUUCUUCUCGGUUCUGAGGAAGUUGGUAAAGAGACAGCAGCUCCUCAAUGGACUGUGUGAAAGAUAUAAUGAAAUCUUCAAGGUUGCCUUUCUGGUGAGUAACUUUGUGGGCGCUGGUUCCCUCUGCUUCUACCUCUUUAUGCUGUCGGAAACUUCGGAUGUACUGAUCAUCGCCCAGUACAUCCUGCCUACCUUUGUCCUGGUGGCCUUCACUUUUGAGAUUUGUUUGCGUGGCACACAGCUGGAGGAGGCGUCGGAGAGGCUGGAGCUGGCGCUUAGUCGCCAGGACUGGUAUUUGGGCAGCCAGAAGUACCGGAAGUUCUUCCUGCUCUGGAUGCAGUAUGCCCAGCGAACACAGAAACUAGGUGCAUUUGGUCUAAUCGAAGUGAAUAUGGUGCACUUUACCGAUAUCAUGCAGCUAGCCUACAGAUUGUUUACUUUUCUCAAAUCACAUUAG